CUGGCCGGGGCUGGGCGGGCCGCAAGCCGAGCUCGCUCCGAGGCUCUGCCCAGCGUUUCGCUGCCGAGGUCGUCUCGGGUGAGGGGGUCGCGCCGGAAGUGGCUGUGCGGUGCGCGGCGCUGUUGGUAGGAAGCUGCGGGAGGAGUUUAGUCAUUCAAGGGGGGCGCGGCAGCAUCGGUUGUUCUUCUCAGCCCCCUGCUACAGCCAUGACGAAAGGCCGUGUCGCCGAGCGGACGCAGACGGGGGCGCGGCACUCGACCCCAGCGGGGGACCGGACAAUGGGGACGCGCGGUGCCGCCACGCCAGGCAACAGAGACCACCUGAAGGGUGAACAAACUGAGGGAUAUGCAGACAAACCUUGUGCAGAAGCUGGCUCAGCAAGAAUGUCACUUCUUAUACUGGUGUCCAUUUUCUUAUGUGCAGCUUUUGUUAUGUUUUUGGUAUAUAAAAAUUUUCCCCAGCUUAGUGAAGAAGAAAGAGUGAAUAUGAAGGUCCCAAGAGAUAUGGAUGAUGCCAAGGCUCUAGGAAAGGUCCUCUCCAAGUACAAGGACACCUUUUAUGUGCAAGUAUUGGUCGCCUACUUUGCUACAUAUAUUUUUCUGCAAACAUUUGCUAUUCCAGGCUCCAUUUUCCUCAGCAUCCUCUCAGGGUUCCUUUACCCAUUCCCACUAGCCUUAUUCCUUGUUUGCUUGUGUUCUGGACUUGGUGCCUCAUUCUGUUACAUGCUCUCCUAUUUAGUUGGAAGACCUGUUGUAUACAAAUACCUAACAGAGAAGGCAGUAAAAUGGUCGCAGCAGGUAGAGCGUCAUAGAGAACAUCUCAUUAACUACAUUAUCUUUUUGAGAAUCACUCCAUUUUUGCCUAAUUGGUUUAUUAAUAUAACAUCUCCUGUGAUAAAUGUGCCAUUGAAAGUGUUUUUUAUUGGCACUUUUCUAGGUGUUGCACCUCCCUCUUUUGUAGCAAUUAAGGCAGGAACAACUCUAUAUCAGCUUACGACAGCAGGGGAAGCUGUUUCCUGGAACUCAGUAUUUAUUCUAAUGAUUUUGGCUCUUCUUUCUAUUUUGCCAGCCAUCUUCCAAAAAAAACUAAAACAGAAAUUUGAGUAAAAAUUGUGGGUUUUUGUUAACCACUACCACCACCAACGUCACUACCACCACCACCACCAUCAUCUCAGGAAUAGCAGGUGUAUCCAUUUUAUGUUUUGAAAUCAGCUCUUCAGUAACUGAAAGAAGGAUUUGUAAAGUAAACUGUCAGAAGAUUGUCAGACUAUGAGAAGUGCUGUCAUCCGAUCUGUGAGAUGUAACGUAAACAUCACUGUUCCAAGAGUAGCUCUGAGAUAGCAUGCGUGUGCCUUGAUUUGGGAUUCUUACUCGAAAUGAUUCAUUGAAUUGAGUGGUUUUGUGGUUUUGUUUUGUUUUGUUUUGUUUUUCCUUUCUAUCUGACUAAUAACUAACGUAGUGCACUUGGGUGCAGUGGCACAUACAUGUAAUCCCACCUGCUCAGGAGACUAAGGCCAGAGGAUUGCUUGUUUGAGACCAGCUUGAGCAAUGCCAUAAGAUCCUAUAUUAAUGAAAAAUAAGGAACAGUGAAAUAAAAAAAGCUUAGAGCAAAAACCGAAUACUUAAUGCAAACGGGAGGUUUUAUUUUCUUUCUCUUUACAGACAGCACUUUCCAUAGGCCAGAGAAUGUAGCAAGGAUAAGUAUUUAAGUUUAUAGAGGUUUAUCAUAAAUUAGUUUGAUAAUUUAAAUUCUUGCCAGUCUGUUUUCAUCCUUUUUACAGUAUUUCCACCCUAUAUAUAUAGAAUGAGACUUCUAUGCCUGUAUCAUAUUGGUGUCGAUAUUGUAUAUUCAGAUGAUAUUUUGUUACAGCGUCUUUAUUAUCUCAAAAGGGUUCUGAAAGUAAGUACUUGAAACAUAGAGUUUUUAGACAUUAAUUAUCUUAUAAUGAAACAUCUGGUAGAAGCUCUAGUGUUUAAACUUAGUUUAUUUGUUCCAAUAGCUGUAAAUUUUGCCACAUUAAUAUAUUUGCUCAUUAAAGAGUGUAUUGUGUAAUUACCUUUCAUGCACGAUACAUCUGUGUGAUUGCUUGUUGCCUUUUCUCUGAUGACUUCCUUUUGGGACAACACUUGAUUAGUACAGUUUCCCAGCUAUAGAGCUUUUAUUUUCUCACCUGACAAAGUGAAACAAUUUCUACAUGGUGAUUAUUGUCUCUACCAUUUCUUGGGAGAGACUCCUUUUGACUUCAUUCCUUGCCAGGACAGAAUGAUCUAAAGCACUCUAAGAUCAAGUUGGUGUGUUGAACAUUCACUUUAGCAGUGUGCAAACCCUUGUGUUUUUAUUCAUAGUCUGAUCUUCGAAGUCCGUUUCUCCUGCAUAAUCUUUUUCUGUCACAGUAUUAACAUGUGGAUAUAUUACAAAUAUAAGGAAAAUAAUAUUGAUUGAUAGUAUA